GUUCUGGUUUUUGGUUCCAGCAGGUUCCAAUAGGCGACAGUCAAUCAGUAGUUUAUUAUGCUUCAUUCGAGAAAGUUUCGCGCUUCAGUUUUGCUGAUAGUUCAAUUUAGUGGAAGCGAUUUUUGGUGGACGUGAGCGAGGUCACAGCUGAAGCCAUGAAGGAGACAGGUCGUAGCCGUACUGAGCGCUACAUCGAGCGGCAUGCCAUCACGUCUGAAUGCUACGACGUUACAACCGAGGAUGGAUAUCAACUGAAAGUAUUUCGGCUGAUUCCGAAAGUGAAACGUCGAGGAGUAGUCUUGCUUCAACAUGGACUACGGCAAUCGUCGGCUAGCUGGCUUCUGAUGAAUCAGAAUCUUCCGUUGCAACUACUCGAACAAGGCUUAGAAGUCUGGCUCGGUAACUCCCGGGCAUCUACGGAAGGCUCCUCUCAUACCAACCUGGACAGAUCUUCAGCCGAAUUCUGGAACUUCAGUUUUCAUGAAAUCGGUAUCUAUGAUAUGGCUGCCAUCGUAGACUUCGUCCUAGUCGCCGCAGGAUGCGAACAAAUCCAGAUCAUUGCCUUCUCCGAAGGAGCCGCAGCUACCCUCAUCCUUCUAACAAAACGACCUGCCUACAAUGAGAAAGUCUCUCGCCUCAACCUUCUGGCGCCGGCUGCCCUCUUGUCCCGUAGUUCUUACACCGUACUUGCGGCACUCUACGUCACCUUCAAGCCAAUCUUGCCCUGGAGUUUGCAACGGUUCGUUACCGGCAAAGACGAACCCUCCGGAAACUCCCAGAAGGAGUUGGAACACCUGCAGCAUCUAAUGCUGAGUGGACGUUUCGUGGAGUACGAUUACGGUGCCAAGCGGAAUUUAGUGAUGUACGGAACCUCUAAGGUUCCCGAGUAUCCGCUAUGUAAGGUGACCUGUCCAGUGGUUCUGCAUUAUGGAGGCGCGGAUCGGGUGGUUCACCCGAGGGAUGUUAAACGACUCAGCCGGAAGCUGGCCAAUAGCGAACAAGUUGAGGUUAUGUGCCACAAGCAUAUGAGGCAUCUGGAUUUCCUGACACGGAAGGACGCUGCCGUAGAAGUGUAUCCGGCAGUGGUGGAUAAUGUGAUUAGGUGAUAUUUAAUUUAUUGGUUUCAUUACAAGAAAAUAAAGGUUUUAAAUGGGA